AUGGACUACUCAAAAUCAUUGACCACCGAUGAGGCGGUUCGCACCUCUGCGAAGCGGACUGCCGACCUCUUCGGCACUGAAUACUUGAUGGUCACCCCCUCGACUCUUGCAGAUGGCUCGAUCGGUGUGUCCUAUCGACGGAAAGCAGAAUAUGAACACGUGAAGGAAUUGCCCCCGGUGCUGGCAGAGAAGCAAGCCAAGGCCGCUUCAGGGCGCACAAAACGACCCAAGAUCCAAUCGCAGCAAUCACAGGCAUCUGGCGACGGAAGCGGUGCCUCUAUGUCUCUCGUCAAGAGGCCAGCUGGUAUGGCUUCAGGUGCAGCAGCUGAUGAUCAACCCAAGAGUUUGAUCCAAAGGCCGUCUGCGACUAAGCAACAGCGACCUGAUUGGCACGCGCCAUGGAAGCUGAUGCGUGUGAUCUCGGGUCAUUUGGGCUGGGUGCGGGCUCUGGCUGUUGAACCGAAUAACAAGUGGUUUGCUAGUGGUGCUGGAGACCGAACGAUCAAGAUCUGGGAUAUGGCGACGGGCGGGUUGCGUCUUACUCUUACUGGUCACAUUUCCACUGUUCGUGGACUCGCGGUUUCGCCGCGGCAUCCUUACCUAUUCUCGUGCGGUGAGGACAAGAUGGUAAAGUGCUGGGAUUUGGAAACGAACAAGGUUAUUCGACACUACCACGGCCAUCUCAGCGGUGUAUACACCCUUGCUCUGCACCCUCGUCUCGAUCUGUUGGUCACUGGUGGUCGUGACGGUGUGUGCCGAGUGUGGGACAUGCGAACACGGAGCAACGUUCACGUCCUGGCUGGACACAAGGGCACGGUUGCCGACAUUAAGUGCCAGGAAGCUGACCCGCAAGUCAUCUCCGGCUCUCUGGACGCCACAGUGCGACUCUGGGAUCUGGCCGCUGGCAAGUCCAUGGGCGUCCUCACACACCACAAGAAGGGCGUCCGCGCCCUCGCCACCCACCCUCGCGAAUUCACCUUCGCCAGUGCCAGUACUGGAAGCAUCAAGCAGUGGAAGUGCCCCGAGGGAGACUUUAUGCAGAACUUCGACGGCCAAAACGCCGUCAUCAACACCCUCUCCGUCAACUCAGAUAACGUCAUGUUCUCCGGUGGCGAUAACGGCUCGAUGUCCUUCUGGGACUGGAAGACCGGCUACCAGUUCCAGUCCAUGGACACCAUGGCCCAGCCUGGUUCCCUCGAGGCCGAGGCAGGUAUCAUGGCGUCGACUUUCGACCGAACUGGUCUGCGUCUGAUCACCGGUGAGGCUGAUAAGACUAUUAAGGUGUGGAAGCAGGAUGAGGAUGCCACGCCUGAGACUCACCCUGUUACAUGGGCCCCUACUCUGGGCAGACAGCGGUACUAG